AUGGAUGUCGCCGGUACCGUGGUCGGCAUUCUUUCUCUGGGUAUUCAGGUGACCAAAGGCCUGAUUGACUUUUACUCUGCCUGCAAAGAGCAACAGUCAGAUAUCGCCGAUACACAGCUGAAACUCAAUCGGCUCUUAGGCCUGCUACAUGAGGUUGACGGCUUGACGAAGCGCAAAUUUCCCGCCGAAGAACAGCCAUUGGUCGAUAACAUCACAAAACAGAUCGAGCAAUGUGGGUUCUUCGUGGAGAAGCUCAAGCGCAAAGCAGAGAAAUUCCAAAGCCAGCCCGCCGACGACAUUCGGUCAAUCGCUUGCACGGCAGCUUACCGCUUGGCUUAUCCUUUCCGGCAGAGCACGUUACAGAAGCUCGACGAGAACAUCGAAGAGAUCAUUUCUCACCUGUCGCUGGGCGUGCAGCUCUUGACACAGAGAAGGGUCCAUCAGAUACAUGACAGUGUCGCAGAGCACACCCGACUCCUCGAACUGAUUCGAGCGGAAGAAAUCUCGACGUCCGUACACUCCUGGUUGAACGCCCAAGACGCCACUGUCGACUACAACAGAGCUUGCAAUGCAUCCCAUCCCGGUACUGGAUUGUGGUUUAUCAACAGUGCAGCAUACUCAAGUUGGCUUCAGGGUCCCUCUUCAUUCCUCUGGCUCAAUGGCUUUGCUGGAUGCGGUAAGACAGUGCUAUGUUCAACAAUCAUACGGCACACGUUCCAGCAUCGGCAGUCAAAUCAAAAUGUCGGCCUUGCGUUCUUUUUCUUCUCUUUCAGUGAUAAGGGUAAACAGGAUAGUUCCGCUAUGCUUAGAGCUGUGGUCCAACAACUCGCAAGUCAGUUGAGAGAUGGGGAGGGGAUUCUCGAUGGCAUUAGGAAGAGAUGCCAUUCAGGAGAACCACCCAUUGAAGUUCUCAUUGAUGCUUUGAAUUUGUUGGCGCGCUCAUUCAGCCGCGUCUACAUUCUCCUGGACGCUCUGGAUGAAAGUCCUCGCGAUGAGCAUCGGCAAGAGUUGCUUGAUACUCUGCACAUGGCGUGGAGGCGAUUGCCACCCACGGCUCAUUGGAUGGUCACAAGCCGGGAUGAGAUCGAUAUCCGGGAGAUGUUGACUGAUUCAUUUCGGCUCGCAUCUCACACCAUUAUCACCCUGCGAAACGACAGCAUCGAUGUAGACAUCCAAGCCUAUAUACAGGGCUAUCUCAAGAACAAUCGUGGAAUGCGGAAAUUGGAAGAACAUCAUGCCAUCAUAGAGCAGGUUUUAACACAGCGAGCCCAGGGCGUUUUUCGCUGGGUCGACUGCCAACUCGCAACAAUUGCAUCCGGGGCUGGGAGCAAACAGAAACUCCAAAACCUGUUGGAAUCUCUCCCACGAAGCCUGGAUGAGACGUACGAGCAGAUGUUGGCGAGGAUUCAUCCAGAAUCCACAAAAGACGCUAUCCGUAUUCUCAAAACGCUGUGCUGUGCCACAAGGCCUCUAAAGGUCGCGGAACUCAUUGACGCAGUUGCAAUCGAUUUGGAAACCCACCCGCCAAGGUUGAAUCCAGAUGCCCGGCUCUUUAAUGCAGAUGAAAUACUCCGCAUCUGCCCAGGCUUCAUUGAAAUCUACGAGGUCGAGACGAGAAGAAGGAAAGUCGACACCUGUUGGUAUAGUACUAUUACACCAGCCGUUCCAUUGUCGGUAUUUUUCGAGAACGAGAAAACGUGGGGCGACGGCGAUAUGUCGGAUUCAAUCCUCACUCAGCACGUUCGUCUAGCCCACUUCUCCAUCCAGGAGUAUCUAGAAUCUGAACGCGCGCUGUCCCAGUUUCGAGUAGAACGGGCAGAAGCACAUACGGAAAUGUCAGGCGCCUGUCUCUCGUAUUUACUGGAAAGUCCUAUCAAUCCUUACAUACAUAACCCUAUCGACGAGUACAUCCAUCGCAUCAAGGGUGACGACAAACGCGAUAGAAAAAAUGCUAAGUUCCCCUGGGACUUCAUUAAGAACUGUCCAGGGGAAUAUCCCCUUCUCCGCUAUGCCUCGACUGAGUGGCUCGAACAUUACCAACUUGGAAGAAGGGAUUCUCUUCCUCUCAAAUCGCUGGUGCUUCAACUAUUCCUAAGCCCGAAGGCUACGUUCGACAACUGGUUGAAAACCAUAUACCAAUUCGAUCAGAAGUACCCAGGUAGAUGGAGAACAGAUUGGCAGGGAGGGAAUCGCCUGCACAUUGCUGUGCUCUAUAACUUGGAUGUGGACCUGAUGGCGAAGAUAAUUCAGGAGAUGCCUGACUCAGUGAUUGAUAGCGACACACUAGUCACAGAAGCGGACCAAGUUGAACGGACUCCGCUGGAGGAGGUCUGCUACCAGAAUAACGAAGCGGCAGUUCGUUUACUUCUAAAUGAGGGUGCCGGCAUACGUCGAACCUCCUGGUGGCGUCCAACGGGUACACUUGAAACGGCGUCUGCUUAUGGGAAUGAGAUAAUCGUACAAAUCUUGCUUAGCCACGGUACCCACGAUACCUCGAGCGUCAACAAGGCACUCCAAGAAGCCUCAAAGAGAGGCCAUGAGAAGGUUGUGCAAACUCUGCUUGACCACAGGGCCGGCGAUGUCAAGAAUCUCAACAAAGCACUUCGCCAGGCUUGA